CCCUUCCUUCCCGGGCUGGCGGCGGCUGCGGGUGGUGGACCUGCAGAGCGGCGGUCGCCCACACCUCACUCCCUCCUGAGCCGGCGGAUCCUUUUGUCUCUCCGAGCGGCGAAAGUCGCAGGGCCGGCGCGGUGACUGCGGGCGCACAGACGCCCGCUCUCCUAGUCACUUCCUCGGCCUCAACCGCCGCCGAACUUGGGCUCGAGAAGCCGGCGGACCGCGUCCAGUGCUGGAGCCGGCUUAGUCUCCGUUGCCAGCUACCAUGGGCAAGCAGAACAGCAAGCUGAGGCCCGAGGCUCUGCAGGACCUGCGGGAGCACACGGAGUUCACCGACCACGAGCUGCAGGAGUGGUACAAGGGCUUCCUCAAGGACUGCCCCACCGGCCACCUGACAGUGGACGAGUUCAAGAAGAUCUACGCCAACUUCUUCCCCUAUGGCGAUGCCUCCAAGUUCGCCGAGCACGUCUUCCGCACCUUCGACACCAACAGUGAUGGCACCAUCGACUUCCGGGAGUUCAUCAUCGCACUGAGCGUGACCUCUCGGGGCAAGCUGGAACAGAAGCUCAAAUGGGCCUUCAGCAUGUACGACCUGGAUGGCAACGGCUACAUCAGCCGCAGCGAGAUGCUAGAGAUAGUGCAGGCCAUCUACAAGAUGGUGUCCUCCGUGAUGAAAAUGCCUGAAGACGAGUCCACGCCGGAGAAACGGACAGACAAGAUCUUCAGGCAGAUGGACACAAACAAUGAUGGCAAGCUGUCCCUGGAAGAAUUCAUCAAAGGUGCCAAGAGUGACCCAUCCAUUGUCCGGUUGCUGCAGUGUGACCCCAGCAGCGCCAGCCAGUUCUAAGGGGAAUGGGCUUUGGGACAGUUGUGAAGAAACACAGGCUUGCCCUGCCGUCUUCAGCUUUGCUUGCAAAUGUGGAUUCCUCCGUGAUCUCUGGUCUCUCCUGCUCUCCUGGGACCUGGGUCCAGGCAGCGCAUCACACCCGCCUGGCCUGGCUGACGCGGCUUUCCCCUCCCCCUGGUCAAUGUCCCUCCCCUCCAAUCCAGGCCGGUUUCUUCCAAGGGUUCAAGUGGGGUUCCUCCUUACCCACAGAGGAACCAUCAAGGUCAUCAAGGCUACCCAGUCAGGACUUUUCAGCAUCUAUGAUCCCAGGUGACUUUGUGGACUGGGUAGGAAAUGAAGAUCGAGACUAGACAGGCAAGCCUUUCCAGUGCAUGGCUCCGCCCCUUGUUCAUUUUCUCUGACCAAAGCCGCUUGCACGUAUAUACUGUGGUCUCCUUUUACUCUAUGAGUUAUGUGUACGGUGAAGUGGACUGUAACGUUUAGGCCCUCUAUUUAAUGCCACUGCCUUUGAAGCAUGGUCCCCUGUGGCCUGUGAUCCCCCCCACCGCCACCCCAAGUCUGACUGUGCCGUGGUAUUUAUGCAUUUUUGAUUUGCCUGAUUCCACAGGAGAUGCAUGCAUGCCCAGGGCUACGGACAUCGGCCCUCCGUGCUGCGAAUACAGAUGUUUCUGUGUGCUCCGUCCUCCCUAUUGAUUGGUCUGGCAUAUUAAAGUGAUCAAUAAACAGA